UCCACAUCACCAUUUCUCCCUUUUUAUGUCCCAGUCUGCAGGGAUGCACCGCACUGUGUGACAUCGGAUAACCCCCCUCCAACUACCGACAGGAGGGACAAAACAACCUGCUUCUCAUCUACCUUUUUAUCGGUCUUUUUUCAUUUUAAUUUAUUUAUUUUUACAGGUGCCAUUGUCUCGUUCACACAGUCACUGGCUCAACUCGGGCACUUUAUUGCGGGCAUCCAUCUGCACCGGAGCUGCGGCUUAUUGGUAAAUACGACUCGGAUCCCGCCGGCAAGGACUCCCUCUGGUGCAUUGAUGCACCCAUUUCAGUGGUGUAACGGGUGCUUCUGUGGUCUGGGACUGGUUUACUCCAACAAGUCGUGCACCAUGCCGCCCAUCACCUUCCAGGACCUGCCUCUCAACAUCUACAUGGUCAUCUUUGGGACGGGCAUCUUUGUCUUCAUCCUGAGUCUCAUCUUCUGCUGUUACUUCAUCAGCAAACUCCGGCACCAAGCGCAGAGUGAGCGGUUUGGAUACAGAGAGGUGGUUUUAAAAGGAGAUCCCAAAAAGUUGAAUCUUCAUGGCCAGACGUGCGCCGUGUGUCUGGAGGACUUCAAAGUGAAAGAUGAGCUGGGAGUGUUGCCAUGCCAACAUGCUUUCCACAGGAAGUGUCUGGUGAAGUGGCUGGAGGUGCGCUGCGUCUGCCCCAUGUGCAACAAACCCAUCGCCGGCCCCCCGGAGCAGCACCACAGCAUCGGGACCCUUCUGGAUGAACUGGUGUAACUUCUCCAGCACACUGCCAGCCCGGGCAGGACGCCGUGUCCCCCAGGCCAAGCCCGCUGAUAUAUGGUAGCGAACCAACAGGAAGAGAGACACUGGUUUUUUGCCGUGGAAAACGCAGCAAAAGCGCCAACAUGACGAUAGUACGUUGGGGUAACCUAGUUACUACCCGGAGACGGACUCUGAAAGGAUGCUGUUGCCUAGCGACCGUCUCCGAGAUUGGCAACACGACACCUUGUGGCGUCUGAGAGAGAUUAUCUCCAGCCGCCCCCACACACACACACCACUCCGCCACUCUCCAACAUCCCCCGCUCGGCCCCAUCUUUCUCUCGUUGCCUCGAGUCGGGUUAAUGACGCCAUCGAGGAAGGGUUUUUCAUUUUUCACGACGCCGUGGACAAGCGAGUGGUGAGGGAGGACGGCGCCGGGUAAGAGGCGCCGAUCCCCUCCAAGCAUGUACGAGUGUUAUUUUUCACUGAUGUGAAAUAAUGUCAAUAUGUCAGAUGAUGUCAUUAUAGCGAAAUUCUUUCAGACGAGACACAAACAAAAGAUAUAAUUCAACAUCCCCGACUGAGCACGAGAACACUUUGACAGUUUAAAAUUUUUUAAGACUAUAAAUGGGAAGUCACACUGGUUCAAGAAACAUGAUGGAAAACAUGGAUUCGGGCAUCAUCAGCGGGACUUAAAUUAUUCAUCCAAGGAGCUCAAGCUGCUGUCCUCGUUUAGCAAAUGUCAAACCAAUUGAAUCGUUGCUUACAAUGUGCUGCUGAUACUGACACGUCCUGCCUUUCACUGUAACUGUUUGAUUCUUUGUUGAAAUAUGUUUAUUUUCUUUUCUUUAAAAACAAAUUGCACUUUAAAUUCACACAAAAAAACACACACACAAAAACAGCCAUUGUUGUUCUAAAAUACUAGGAGUAAGGCUUUGCCUGCAGUUUCCAGGGGAUCACAGUCUGUGAAGUACCCGAGACGCUGCUUCAUCUGAAGAGAAGGGAGGCAGCGGUCCCUCGGGGUUGUGAAUUCAUCUCGGAGCUUUCAUACAUCUCUGUGGCAUUAUUCCUGAGAUUCAGUUUUUACAUUCCUCUGUUGUAGUUUUUCCAUUUUUUUGGUGUGAUUUACAGCUGUUCAGAAAGCGAAACACUGCCUAAAAUUGAGCACAAAAACUCACAAAGCACAUUGUCCAGACACUGACGGCACCUGCACUGUAAUUAAGAGCCAAACACGCACGUGAGUGCUGUUGAAUUCACAUGCCACGAAAAGGAAAGUGUCUACGAGGUUUGUUCACUCUCAUUCUGGCCACAUUCCAGAUUUUGUAACCGAAGCAGAUGUAAAUAACUCUAAACAAUAAUAAAUACAGUCGUGUGUUUUGUUCA